UGAGCAGGACAUCAACAGAUGAGUGAGGAAACAGCUUUGUACACUGGAUUUGAUGUUCAAAGGAAAUCAACGCAUGAGAGUUGUCAAGUGAGACAACAUGUCCAUCACUACCUGUCAGAAGGUUACUUUGAUAUCCUGCUCUGUCCUCUGCGUGUCUCUCUUCUUGCCCAGGCUAUUUUUACCCAGAGCCAAAAAAGAAAUGGGACAGCCACAGGCAGGCCCUGGGUUCUACCCUCCAAGGAUGCAUCAGGUGUCCUUGUCUGAUGACCCGGAGCAGUGGGCUGUGGACCCUUUCCACUCCCUGACACACAGCAUGGAGGCCACUGCCAGGAUCAAAGGGAUCGGACGUGGGAAAAAGUACUAUCUGAUGGCCCAAGUUAUACCCAUUUAUGGAUUUGGAAUUCUUCUUUACAUUCUCUAUAUCAUUUACAAGUUGACCUGCAAGGGCAAGUGUACUACAUCAGGAAAGUACAUUAAGAGCACAGUAGAGAGGAAUACUACACACGAUGAUGAGUUUGCCAGACUCGAGGAGCAAUUACUUCAGACAGAACGGAUGAUGGCGAGGAUAACUGCCAAAAACAGUCGGGCUUCUGGAAGUGGCAGACGCAGGAAGAGUAAGACAGCGCCAUCGAAGAAAGAAGAGAAGCUCCUCAGACAGCUAAGACAAAUCACACAGAAUAUACAGGAAAGUCGUCUGGAAGCUGCGUCCCCAGAGAUGGAAGCUGAAGAAGUCCCUUAUGGCGUUGAUUGGGAAGGCUACCCAGAGGAGACAUACCCUGAGUAUGAUGUACCCCAUUAUAAAUAUGCAUUUGACAAUGUCGCUCUGGAAGAGCCGUGCGUCAACCAGCCCACUGCGGAGGCCUUGGCAGAAAGAAUGGAGCAAGAAGAGGAAGAGAUUGCAGCAAGGAAGCUUUCCAUCGUACAAGAGGAAGAUGAAGACGAGGAGGAAGAAGACGAGGACGCUGAAGACGUGGAGGAUGAUACAGAGGAAGAAGAGGAGGAGGAGGAAGCAGAAGCUGAGAGAAGACUUUUGCUGAGUCCUCGUCGUGCAUCCCACACUGAUUCAGACACAAAACAGGAGAUGUUAGGUCUGCAAGUCAGCAAGGAGCUAGGCUACGAUGGAGGAAGGAAGCACAUUAGUUUCAAUGAGCGCCGAGAUGUCUUUCACUACCCUAAAGAGGGGGGCGAUGAGGAGGAAGUGGAUGAGGACGAUGAAGGGACAGAGGUGGAAGAAGAAGAGGAGGAGGAGGAUGCAGAUGAGGAAGAUCCAGUGACCGAGGCGGAGAGUCUUGAGUUUAGUGGUGCCGUGUGUGUCAAUCCUGAGCAAGAAGUAGAACAAGAAGAAGCAGAAGAUUUGUUCAAGUUAUCUGUGGAGCGUCUCACGAAUGUCCAUGUUGGUAGUCCUAAAGAGGUCAGUGGGUUGAGGAUGCGGAACAGGAGGGAGACGUAAAGGACUCAGUUGAGUCUGAGACACAUGAUACAGUGUUUUUAAAUAUGUUUGACCUAAUGACUCUUUAUGUCAAUAAAGAGAUGUUUUAUGUACUCAUUACAACAACCAUUUGUAUUACAGUUCAUCUUCUCAAAGGGCAAUACAGUAUUAUACAGUAGAAUGACCAUACGUCCUUUUUUCCCCGUGCAUGUCCUCUUUUG